CAGUUUCUCCAAAUUUUUGAGGCCUCGUGCGACCUACGGAGUACAUACUGCUCAGUACUGCUGUCUCUCGGUGUUUGGUAAAUAGAAAAGAAUAACCGCUGCUCCCAUUGGCGGACGAGAAAGAACAGUCAACGCCGAAAAUUUGCGGAUCGGACGGACCCGUGAUAAUUCCAUCGACCGCUCACGCCACUCCGUCUCCGAUCUUUUAUUUUUCCUUCCUGCGCUUCCUCCUACCUCGCCUCAUUGCAUCCUGAAUACUAAUCCACCAUCCCAACUUUUCGCCGCUGUACCAACGUGUCCUUCCGAACGUGAUCUAGCCAACUCGUAUCAACACACCGGGAUUUGCUGUCUUGCCUCCUUUUAGCGACAAUGCCGGGAAGAAUCCUGCCAACGCUGACCCAAGCUGAGGUCGAGUCGCAUAACAACGCCAAAUCAUGCUAUGUGACUAUCGGUUCGAAAGUUUACGAUAUCACCUCGUUCGUCGACGAUCACCCUGGUGGAGGCGAUUUGAUUCUCGAAUAUGCGGGCAAGGACGUGGGUGAGAUUAUGAGCGAUGUGGUGUCUCACGAACAUUCUGAGUCGGCCUACGAAAUCUUGGAGGACAGCCUAGUUGGCUUUGUGGGCACUGGCUCUUCGACCAAGGCGAAUGCGAAUGCGAAUGGAGCUGCAAGCGCGGAGGAACAAGCACGGGCUGUCUAUGAGAGCACGGGCAUGUCGACUGAGGAAGACUUGUCCAUCGAGACGGAUAUCACCAUAGAUUACCAGCAGCACAAGUUCCUUGAUCUCAACAAGCCCUUGCUUAUGCAGCUGUGGACUAGCGGCUUCAGCAAGCAAUUCUAUCUCGAGCAGAUCCAUCGUCCGCGUCACUACAGGGGUGGUGACUCUGCACCGCUCUUUGGCAACUUUUUGGAACCUCUCAGCAAGACGGCGUGGUAUGUCGUUCCGAUAAUGUGGCUUCCGUGUAUCGCCUACGGUACCACCGUUGGCCUUUCGGGCAUGUCCAGUGCAUCCGCUGGUGCUGGCUACUGGGCUUUCGGGCUCUUCUUCUGGACUCUGAUUGAAUACGUGAUGCAUCGGUUCCUGUUUCACAUUGAUGCACUUCUUCCUGACAACCGAGUCGGUAUUACUCUGCACUUUCUCCUUCACGGAAUCCACCAUUACCUGCCGAUGGACAAAUACCGACUUGUGAUGCCACCAACUCUGUUCGUUCUUCUCGCCGCGCCGUUCUGGAAAUUUGCGCACUCUGUGAUCUUCUAUGACUGGUACGCCGCUGUGCUGGCGUACUGUGGUGGUGUCUUCGGAUACGUUUGCUAUGACAUGACGCACUAUUUCCUCCACCACCGGAACCUCCCAUCGUACUACAAGCCGCUCAAGAAGUAUCACCUUCAGCACCACUUCGCCGAUUUCGACAAUGGUUUCGGUGUCACCAGCCGCUUCUGGGACAGAAUCUUCGGCACAGAGCUUGAGACUCCAGCACCGUCCAAGAUUGUCAAGACCCAAUAAGCGCAUACUCGGGGUUGAUAAAUGACUUCUCUCGCGCUCUGAGCGUCGUACAACCUUUAUUCGUGCAUAUGACCUAAUGAUGGGUUUACGAAUGACCCAGGCUUCGACUAUUGUCAUUGCUUUUCACUAAUUGCUUGGCAUUUCUAGUUUAUUUCUUGUACAGCAAGCCCUGUCUUUGCUGCCGUGGACAGUACAUGACCACGGUUGUUUUGUUUGGGUUGAUUUUCCUGAUUAUAGCAUCCAUACGAGUGUAUAUGACAACCUAAUGUAUAAUAGAUAACAUUGCCAACUCUUUCUUGCUUGAAUG